AAGAUGUUCAAUAGUCCGCUGACGUUCAACGAUCUCAGUAGAAGCACAAAUUCACAAAACCAGCAAUCUACAAUGGCUGGUCAGACAUCCAAUCAAGAGGGCACGAGCUACUUGCCUGGAUACCUGAGUAGUGCAGCACGGGGGUCAAAUAUACCACUAUCAACGCCACCUAGACAGUCGCAAUCUGGACAGCCUCCACAGUCCUCUCUCUCUAGAUCCCCACUCUCUACUUCACAAUCGAGCGCUCAUCAAGGACACUCGCAGAGCGUAUCUGGCGGUGCAUUUGGUGCUGGUUCCUUAUUUGGUAGCAUUUCAACUCCGCUUUCAAAAUCACCGCGUAGCAGUCUUUACGGUAGACCAAUUGAAGAUGAUCAGGAAGCACCACCGACGACAUUCUUACAAGAUGAGGAGAAUGUUUAUCAGCAAAAUACUACAACUAGUGCGCCAUCAGCUCAACAAAUUCACAAUCUCACACCAUGGCAUCAUGCACCACAACCAGUGCGCCAACAAAGCCCUAUCGAAAGUCGUAGCGUUACAUUCUACGGUAUGAAUGACGCUAUUAGAGCGAGAAUGAUGGAUAUCUUUAUACCACAAUUUGGCGCAAUUGAAAACGUUUCAGACGGUAUUAACUGGAUAGACGUCGUUUUUGUUGACAGCUUGGCUGCACAGAGGGCACUCAAGCUUUCAGGAAAACGAGUAGACGAACUUGGUGGUAUCAUGUUGGGUGUUAAGCUUACUCACCAGUCGGAUGAUCAACAGAGUGGAUUCCAGGGCCAGCAGCAGCAGCAAUUUGAUAACAGUAAGCAUCUCACCCCACUUCCACCUUCUCAGGCAUUCAAACCAUCGCCUAAACCUCAAUCUAGUACGACUACACUUAGAACGAUGUUUAAUACGCCAAACAAGUCGACUAAUGAAUAUGGUAUCACACCAGAGCAAGCAGAUAGUCAACCUAAUAGACAAACGAUUGGUGGAAAAAUAGCGGACUUGAUAUUCGGCUUUUAGAUGCUUAUCGACGUAACAAAGAGAUAUUUAUUGUUAUUUCCAAGACUAUAUAUGUAUAGGCCUUAUAAGAAAAGAGUGAAAUCGCUGGCGGUGUUGAUACAUAGGUAGCUUUACAGUGUUGAACGUAAAUUGAUUGAAGAUUCUAUGAGCGGUUGUUUGAGUUAAUGAUCAAACCUCUAAGCCAACCAUUCUCGCGCUUCAAAUCACCAACUUCCUUUUCUAAUUGUUCAACCCGACCUUUGUACUCGUUUGCGGUUUGUUCGAGUGCGGCUUCCCUCGCCUUCUUCUUAACUCUGAAUCUGGCGCUAGCAGCGGUGUUCCUACGACGCUUGUCCUCUUCGAGUUCUCUCUUAGCGGCGGUUUCGGCAUCCUUGUGCUCCUUUUCAGUGCGCUUCUUGGCUUGCUCGUAAGUUUCACCAUCGCGUUGCUGUACAGGUGGCAUAGGAAGCUUCUUAAAGCGUCUUCUACGGAUAAUCUUGUCCUCGUUAUCUUCCUCGUCAUCGAGCGCUUCUAAUUCUUUUGAGUUGAUAACAGGUGCGGGAGUCUCCUUAAAGAGAUUGCUGAGUGGAUCAAUCUGUUGUGCAAUUUUUGAGUAGUCCUCCUCUAAGCUUGCUAAUUGACCACCAGCUGCGUUCUCUGGGCUAUCAAAGUCGAACUUGACGUUUGC